GUUGGAUAAAAUAUUGGAACUGAUAAGGGAAACUGAGCCCUAUCCUCAUAUUAUGCUUUUUUAUGCCAGUGGCCGAUCCGUCAGGAACUCUGAGGGGAAUGCUGAUGGCAAUGGACUCCGCACUGGGUUGCCGGCUUUCGCUGAACGUCUUGAGCUCUAAUGGCGCCGCUUCCUCCAGCUUGCGCGGCAGCAGCAAGUUUCCCGGUGGUCUCUGGUCUGUCUUUUAGGGAUGGGCGCGUGGACAUGGGUUGCUGCUCUGCCAUGCCUGCGAUCAAAUCUCGUCGUGGAAGGAUUUGUGCUUGUGCUCCUUCGGGGCAUUCGGAAUCACUACCAGAUCCUCUAAAGAACAGCUGGAUACAAAAAUACCUCCCCGCUGAGGAGAUCAGAGAGCCAUUGCCCAUGGAAGAUGGCCAGCAUUCACGUCUCACUGAUGCUGAAACAGCAAGAACAUUGAUCGAGGUGAAUAGCAAAGGCGCACUUAUGCUUACAGAAGACACUGGUGAAGUCCAACAGAAUGUAAUAUUGCCCGAUGUCUCCUACUUAACUGAUGAGCAUGGAGAUAUAUACUUUGAAUCCACUGAUGAUGAUGAUAUUUUGAAAAGCUUCAUUUCAGAUGAUGCCGAUGAAACUUUGGCGCAAGUUAUAAUCGGUCCGGACAAUGUAGAAAUAUUUAGAGAGAUAGAAGCAUCUGGAUCAUCCGUAUUCAAUUUGGGUCUUGAUACAGUUAGUGAGGAUGAUGAUCUUGAUUAUGACUCUGAAGAGGAUGAUUUAGUCAUUUUUGAAGAAGAGGAAGAAGAUGAUGGUGAUGAGGUAACAUCUGAAAUGUCAAAUGAUUGGUCACAUGCAGAGACCAUGCAAGCUACUCACCCAGUUUAUUUUGCUCAAAAAAUAGCUGAGUCUGUCUCAAAUAGUAAUUUAGAUUGGAUGGAUCAGCCUUCUGCUAGUGUCAUAAUCCAAGGUCUAUUGAGACCAGCUUUUGUUGAAGAGCAUAAAUUAACUAAAAAGCAUCCAUCCAUCAUUGAUGUGGGAAGCAGUGAAGGGCAACAUAUUGGGAAACAAAUAGAAGUCGAUAAAGAAGGUGAGAUUUAUAAUGAUCAAAGCCAGCACAGCGGAACUACAUUCUUCAAGCUUGAAAUAAUAAGCAUCCAGCUUGUUUCUGCAUGCGGUAAUCAGUCCACAGUGAAAGUUCAAGAUUUUCAUCUAGCUCGUCCAGAUGUUAUUGCUCAUUCUGCAGCGAAUAUACUUUCACGUUUAAAAGCUGGUGGAGAGAAGACAACUCAAGCUCUCAAGGCACUUUGUUUGAGACAGAAGGGUAUACAAGUUCAGGAAGCCUCCAUCAUUGGCUUGGAUAGUCUCGGCUUUGACUUGAGAGUUUGCUCAGGAACACAAAUUCAAACCUUAAGAUUUGGCUUCAAAACCCGGGCAACAUCAGAGUUCAGUGCUGAGAAGCAGACCCAUGAUCUACUUUUUCCAAGGUUUCAACAGCAGCAGCAGCAGUGGCAAUCUGCUCAGAGCAGAGACCACUGAUACAGAGCAACUCCUCAGGCCUUCCACAAAGCAAAUGCUCUGAUUGGAUUCUGUUGUGUAAGAUUAGGGUUUAUGGUCAGCCCUUUAUUUUUAUAUUUUGGUUAGAAUGGGAUUGCAGAGGAAAACUGUUUGAUUAUGAUUCCAAUGUUAAUCAAUGCACAUAGAACUGGAACAUGUAAAUAUAAUGUUAUUUAUGUUUGGUUUGGAGUAAUUAAGGGGGCUUUUAAUUGUAUUUUA